UCAAUACUAGAGUUCCUUCCAUAUUAACCCUUCUUUCUCAUCAUACCUUCUAAGUGAAAAUGGCCGAAGGAGUUUUAUUCGACCUUGCUGCAAGUCUUAUUGAGAUGCUGGGUUCUGCAGCAUUCGAAGAGGCGAGACUGCUUUGUGGUGUAAAGGACGAGUUUCAGAAACUUGUUGGGACGAUUGAAGUAAUCAAAGGUGUACUUCUUGAUGCAGAAGAGAAGAUGGCUGUUGAUAAUCAAGUCAAAGCUUGGCUCAAACAGCUUGGAGAUGUUUUCAUUUUUGCUGAUGACUUGGUGGACAAGUUUCACACCGAACCUCUACAGCGUAGACUCAUGUCUGGUAAUAAGUUUACCAGACAGGUACGUCUUUUUUUCUCCAGCUCUAAUCAGCUAGUUUUUCGUUUUAAGGUGGGUCAUAAGAUUAAAGAUAUAAGAGAAAAACUAGAUGAUAUAAGAGCCAUUAGCAACAACUUUCAGUUAACUAUUCGUCCAAUAGAAACGAUAGUUGUUAGGGGAAGUAGUAUGAGGGAGACCUACUCAUAUGUGAGGGAAGAGGAAGUUAUUGGAAGAGAGGAUGAAAAGAGGGAGAUUAUUCGAAUGUUGGUGGAAAUGGAUUUUGGGGAGGAUGUGUCAUUCAUUCCGAUUGUAGGUAUUGGAGGAUUAGGAAAAACCACACUAGCUCAAUAUGUUUUUAAUGAUGAAAGAGUCCAAAAACAUUUUGAAUCAAAAAUGUGGGUGUGUGUUUCUGAUGUUUUUGAUGUGAAAUUACUUGUGGGGAAAAUUGUAAAUUCUAAUGCUUCUAACAGUUUAGAAAAUUUACAAAAUGAACUUAGAAGUAAGCUAAGUGGAAAGAAAUACCUGCUAGUGUUGGAUGAUGUUUGGAAUGAGAAUGGUGAAGAAUGGCAUAAGUUAGAGAUGUUGUUGAAGUGUGGGGGAAAGGGUAGUAGAGUCUUAGUAAGCACUCGUAGUGAAAUGGUCGCUAGGAUAACUCAGAGUACAGUUGGGCCAAUUAAAGUAAAGGGUUUGAGCGAAGAUAUGUCUUGGUCCUUAUUCAAAAGAAUGACGUUUAAGAAAGGUCAAGAGCCAGUCGAAGGCUCAAAAGAAAUGGAGCUAGGAAUGGAGGUUGUCAAAAAAUGUAAGGGAGUUCCUUUGGCCAUAAGAACAAUAGGAAGGUUAUUGCAGCAAAGGUUAUGGCAGUCUGGAGACUCACAAAAGGAGUUGUCAAAGUUUUUGAAUAGUGAGUUUGCAAAAAUAGAUCAAAAUGAAAAUGAUAUCUUGCCCACCCUCAAAUUAAGUUAUAAUCAUCUCCCAUCACAUUUGAAGCAUUGUUUUGCUUACUGUAGAUUGUUCCCAAAAGAUGAUAUAAUUGUUGUGAGGGAGUUGAUACAACUAUGGAUGGCACAAGGAUUUAUAAAACACUCUGAUGAUAAAAGCCAAUGUCUAGAAGAAAUUGGUUACGAGUAUUUUAUAAAUCUACUUUGGAGAUCAUUUUUCCAAGAGCCAGAAAGAGAUGAAUUUGGUGAGAUAAUGACAUGUAAAAUGCAUGACUUUAUGCAUGAUCUUGCAAUUAAGGUGGCAGGAUCAAAUAGUGUCAUAAUCGAUCGAAAUUCUAACAUUUUUGAUGAAAAAUGUCUCCAUGUGUCAUUAGUAAAUUUUGAUCUUGAAACCAACAACUCACUCGAGAUUUUCGAUUUCUUUUCUCAACAAAAAAGACUUCGAACUUUACUUUUUGAUAGUUGUAAAGGGUUGAGCUUCUCAAAACUAGAGGAUUUUCUGUCCAACUUUAAGUGUCUACGAGCUUUGAGUGUACCUUCCAUGAAAAUUGAGGUGUUGCCAAGGAAUUUGUGUGAAUUGGAACAUUUGAGAUAUCUAAAUCUUUCUGGUAAUUCUGAGUUAAAAGUGCUUCCUAGCUCUUUUAUAAGAUUACUGAAUUUGCAAACUCUGAAUCUUACUAAUUGUUAUAGGCUUGUUAGAUUACCUCAUAACAUGAAUAAAUUAGUCAACUUGAGGCAUCUUAUGAUUGAUGGAUGUGAUAGAUUGAGAGAGAUGCCCCCUGAAUUUGGGUAUAUGAGUUCCCUUCACACAUUAGAUAGAUUUGUUGCAUCUAAGUCCAGUGGGGUUCAUGAAUUGAGCAACCUCAUUAACAACUUAAAUGGAAGUUUAACAAUUGAAGGACUCUGGCGCACGACAAACUACUCUGCAUCAAAAACAACUUCAAAGCGAGUCAUUUGUGAAGGCAAGCAUAAUCUUCAUUCCUUAACUUUAGAGUGGAAUAUACUGGAAGAUAAUGAAAUGGAAAUUGAACGUUUGCAGCCACCUUCCAACCUAAAAGUGUUGCAUAUGUCGCAUUUCCAGGGUGUGAGAUUGGGAGGUUGGGAUUCUUCAUUAAAUAACCUUGUUAAAUUGAAGUUAUUCUAUUGUAAGAAGUGCAAAUAUCUCCCAAAAUUAGAUCAAUUACGUUCUCUUGAGGAACUUAUGGUAUCAGGAGUAGAAGCAGGGUACAUGUGCUCCUCUGGCGAAGAUGAUGAUUUUGACGCCAACUUGUUCUUUCCAUCCCUGGUGACUCUUCAAAUUGAAGAUUGUUAUAAUCUCAAGUGGUGGUGGUGGAAAAAGGAAGUGGAUGGGAAUAAUAUUAGAUCAUUUCCUCGUCUUUCCAAUCUAUCAAUAUACCACUGCUCUCACCUCACUUCAAUGCCCUUGUUUCCAUCUAUUGAAAAUGUCAGACUGUAUAAAACUAGCUCAAUGGCAUUAAAAGAUACGUUUAAAAUGAUGAGAGGAAGCAAGGCACACAACACUCACCCAAACAUUUCAUUGCUAAGGUCUAUGGAUAUUGAACACUGCCCCGAUUUGACAUCACUACUGGUGGAAGGGAUUGAUAACCUUCCUUCCCUUAGAUCUGUCUCUAUAAGACACUGCCGCAAUUUGACAUCAGUACUGGAAGGGAUUGAUAACCUUCCUUCCCUUGAGUCUAUCAGAAUAUAUAACUGCCCCAAUUUGACAUCACUACUGGAAGGGAUUGAUAACCUUCCUUCCCUUGAGUUUAUCAAUAUAGCAGACUGCCCCAAUUUGACAUCAAUUCCCGACAGCUUUAGGAGAGUGGGGAAUUCUACUAUUUGGGGCUGUCCAAAGCUUGAACAGAGAUAAUAUGUAAAUGAAGUUUCUCUAUUGCAACUCUGCGAUGGAGCAAAUUUGUGGUGAUAAACAAGAACAAGGCAGAAAGGGAGUGAUGUAAUUGAAUUGAUUAGUUAUUAUGUUUGAU